AAUAGUUGUGGAAUGUGAAGCAUGAAGAAAGGGAAGACGAAAGGGGCUGUAGAGUAUGUUGAAAGGUUAAUAAAGGUUCAGCCUAAUGAAAUGGAAUGGAGGCUUUUGCAGGCUCUUUGUUAUGAGAGGAUGGGUCAGUUUAGUAUGGCCAGGAGGUUGUUCAAGGAUAUUUUGAAGCAGAGGCCUCUUUUGCUCAGAGCUUUGCACGGUUUAGCAAUGGUGAUGCACAAGAAUCAUGAAGGACCAGCUGUCUUUGAGAUGCUGGACAGGGCUCUGGAAUUGGCUCGUUCUGAGAAAAAAGUCAAUGAGGAGAGGAACAUAAGAAUACUAACUGCACAGAUGCAUGUAGUAAAGGGGGAAUUAGAGGAGGCCUUGGAAAAGUUUCAAGCUCUUAUUAAUGAGAACCCAAGUGAUUUUCGCCCUUAUCUUUGCCAAGGUAUAGUUUACAGCCUGCUUGACAAAGAGAAGGAAGCUCUAGAACAGUUUGAGAUAUAUCAAAGUCUUGUACCUGAAGAAUUUCCACAGAAAAAGUUCCUUGAUGAUGUGAUUUUGUCAGCCAGAACAGAAUCAAAGCAACAGCUUGGGAAGGAGUUGCAAAGCUGAAUUAUCAUGGCAGACAUGGCAUUUGCAACUCUAUCUUUCAUACUAACCACUUACCAACUACUUGAAUCUCAGCCAGCCGUAGCAAACCAGUUUUACAACAUAAUUGUACAUGAAGGCGUGUACCUUGAUGUUUCUGCCAUGAUUCUUAAUGGAUGAAUCCAGCUUUUAGGUGCAA